AUGGCGUCACAAUAUACAUCAGAUCUUUCCAGAACCAUCUUAAAAGACAUUUACGGCGACCUAGCCGAAAAGGUCGUCGGCUGUCUGCUCGACUAUGGUCGUCUCACUGCAUCCCAACUCUCAAAAUAUACAAAUAUCCCUACCCCUGCCAUCCGCAGAGCUCUUGUCCCACUAAUUCAAAACAAAUUUGUCCUCUAUUGGAUUCACCCAGACUCUCCGAAAAUAUGCCACUAUUAUGCAAACCCAGCAGAAGUUAUACGUCUUCUCGCAAUACCCCAAAUCCUUGCUGUGGUGGCUGACAAGUACCCAGAUAAACCCAACUCUGUGACUUCAAAAGCUCCAGAAAUUCUUAAAAACAUCUUUGCAUACGGCCACAUUCGAGCCUCAGACUAUAUUGAAGGCUCUGCUUCUCAACUGGCUGCAGAGCUCGAGCUACAAGAAGGAGGCUCAGUGCAAACUGCGGCUGACCACGAAUACCAUCUCGACCGGGCGCGCACAGAAAUCAAUAAAACAAUGACGGACCUGCUCACAAAAAAAUUCCUUUCUCCACUUUUUGCCUUUGACUUCCAUCCACGAGAUGAUAUGUACGACCUCAUGUACAAAACUCAUUACGGCAAACUCCCCCGCUCUCAGUCAGAAACCUCCCGCAAGGUCGCAGCCACAGAUGCUGCCAACGCUGAAAUGAACGAACUUCUGGCCCAACGAGACGCUGCCAACGCAGGCCUUAUUACAGAAGAAACUCUGCGUGCUAAAACUUCCAAUGGCUCUUCUGCUGGAACUUCCUCGGGUGCUGCAGCUGCAGCUGCUGCCGCCGCCGCUUCUCGUCGUGUACGUCGCAACGUGGCUGCUGCAAACACACUUUCUGGUCCUCGUCUCGUAGUCAAUCCAGAAACAGUCCUUGCAGUUAAUUACGACAAGUUCCUUCUCAUGUUCCGUAAUGACGAACUCGCAGCAAUUGCGUCGCGAACUAUUGGCAAAAUCUCCGGCCAGGUCUACCGCAGUUUGCUUCGCUGCUACGAAACAAAGCUUCUUCGCUGCUCUCAAAAAGUCAUUUCUGAAGGCUCAUUCUACAUCACCACUACCACCGUCAUCAAUGCAUUAGACCCAAACAUUGAUCUCGUAAACUCAAUCGUUAACCCAACCGUAAAUAGAAACGGACUGAAACGGCCUCAAGAUGAACUUGAAAAUGAAGAUGAAGACGAAUACGGAAACACCUCGAAACGACCCCGCUCAGAAUCGGUCCCCUUCAUCACUGACGACGAGCCUCAAGAUUUUGAGGAUGAUGCUGCUCAAAGCACAGAUUUCCCAAAUGGUUCAAAUUCACACACUGGCAAUGGCUACGGUUCCACCAAAAAGUUCACUGCCAUGGAUGUCAACAAGCAUCUCGAGCUUCUCGCAGCUUCUCCCCUCAGCCUUCUUGUCAAGGCUGGAAAUCGUGGUGGUGGUGAAUGGUUUGUGCCCUUUGACGAAUUGCGCACCACUAUGAAACGUCUGCGCUACGACGAAAUCAUCCGCAACAAGUUUGGUACAUCGGCAAUCCGCAUUCUCCGCAUCAUUCGCGAAAAGGGAAUGGCAAAUGACGAGCUUUUGGCCCGCGUCGCUCUUCUUCGCGCCGACACAAUCUCCAAACUGUGCACCCAACUUCACGAAUUUGGUGCCCUUGAUCUUCAGGAAGUCCCUCGAUCUGCAGACCGUGCUCCUUCAAAAACAAUCUUCAUGUGGUGUCAUACCCCCUCCAGAGCUUAUGGCCUGGUCGCUGAAUAUAUUCUAAAAACACUCACUCGUCUCAUGGAACGCAUCCAAGCAGAACGCCAAAACCAUCCUGUGCUUCUUGCUAAACUCCGCCGUGAAGACGUUAAACAAAAUGAAGAUUUAUAUCUCACAGCACAGGAAAAACAAGAAAUUGCACAACUCAGACAAGCGGAAGAGCGAUUGCUUAUCCAAAUUAACCGUGUCCAUGCACUUUCUCGUGUUUUCACGGAAUAUUAA